UUAACUCCGCAGACUACGCCGUUAAAUCACCCGCCUCCAACGUCACAGCCAACUCCACCCCCUUCCAUCCCCGCCGUUAAGUCAGAAGCUCCGCCAACUCCCGCCGUUAAAUCUGAGAUUCCGGCGUACGAUGCAAAUGAGGUAACCGCGCCUAACUUCACCGCUGCUCGGUCGCCGGAGACGCCCGCUCCUUCGGUUUCCUAUACCAUUACCAUCCCUAGCUAUUCAGGAUGGUUUUCUUCCGAUGAGAUACAUGAGACGGAGAGGAAGAUUCUACCGGAGUUCUUCGAUGGGAAAUCUCCUUCUAGGAAUCCUAGAAUUUACAAGUACAUUAGGGACGCAGUUAUCAAAAGGUUCAGAGCAAAUCCUUCAAGAAAGAUCACAUUCACUGAGGCCCGACGAGCUAUAGCUAGUGAUGUUGGGUCUAUCAGAAGGGUAUUUGAUUUUCUUGAGGCUUGGGGUUUGGUCAAUUAUGUGCCAUCAGCUAAGCCCUUCUCAAAGGAGAAGAGAGAUGUUAUAGAGAAUAUAGAGAAAAAAAAGAGCCCUAAAAAGCUAUGCAGCGAUUGCAAGACAGCAUGUAAAAUGGUUUGCUUUGCCACUGAUAAGGCCAAUAUUAUUCUAUGUACGAGGUGCUUUGUGCGUGAAAACUAUCGGCCUGGUCUCAGUUCAACAGAUUUCAAACGGGUUGAUAUCAGUGAAGACACAAAGGCGGAUUGGACCGACAAGGAAACCCUUCACCUCCUUGAGGCCGUCUUGCAUUAUGGCGAAGACUGGAAGAAGGUGGCAGAACAUGUUGGUAGUCGAAAUGAAAAAGACUGUGUUGCCAGGUUCAUCAGGCUACCUUUUGGAGAGCAGUUUAUGGGCCCUCUAGAGAGCGAAGAAUAUAUGCAGUACCAGAAGGACGAUACAAUUGACAAUGGAAAUGGACAAAAGAGUAUUGUGGAGCCCUCUCUUUCGAAACGAAGGUGUCUGACACCACUAGCAGAUGCCAGCAACCCAAUUAUGGCGCAGGUAGCUUUCUUAUCUGCUGUGGUGGGUUCAGAAGUUGCUGGAGCUGCAGCACAAUCUGCCAUUGCUGCUUUAGAUGAUGUCAACCAGGCUAACAUUGGUAGUCCAGGUGGCAUGGAGUUCGGAUCUUCUGAUGAUGAAAGACAGGAAAGAGAUGAUUCUACUUUGAAAGGACAGUCUUUUGACAAAGUCCUCAGCGAGGCAGCGUUUGAAGCAGAAACUCAAUUGGAGAAGGAACAGCAGUACGUCGAGCAAUCCAUUACUGAUAUAGUUGAAGCACAGAUGAAAACAAUUAAAGAAAAGAUCGAACAUUUUGAGGACGUGGAGCUGCAGGUGGAGAAAGAGUGGCUGCAGCUUCGGCAUAUGAAGGAUUUGUUCUUCGCCGAUCGAUUGGCUCUUUUACAGCACAAAGCUCGACUAACACAGUCAACCGUUGUUGAGAAGGAUAAGAACAAAACUAGUGGUGCUACGUGAAAGAUGGAUGUAUGUAUAAGUAGCUAAUCAAUUUGAUGUUGUUUCAGAAAAUGUGAUGUUUAUAUCCAGUUGUUCACAAAAUUUUCAAAGCUAGUGAGCUAGUUUCGAUAUUGUGCUCUUACGGUACAAUAAUUGUGGUGAGGUUGAUGAGA